AUGGGAUUUAAAGACAGCAUGGUCAAGCUGCGGAAGGCGAUGUUGUGCGGUGGGGGCGAGGGCAGUAGGCACUCGCUGCAGAUUGUAGGUGGCAGUGUGAACGCCUUGGAGGCAAAGUUACUGAUUGUGUGUGUGGAUGAAGGGGCUACCGACGGAUUGAGUGAUUUCCCGUUUCCGGGCAUCUCCUCUACUCUGCUUCUAAACCCCACUAACUUCUAUCCCAGAAAAGCACUGAUCCGAGAGAAGGCGUCCUCGGACGCACACCUCAUCUCUCUAAGCUCCUUCCCUCCCCUCGACGCGGCCAACCACCACCACAGCCCCUCUGCAACGUCCUCCCCGGCGCACUCGUUCCCGGCCUCCCUCGUCUCGUCCCGCUGUCCCUCGACGACGCUGCUCAACUCGGCCUCGUCCAACCUCCCUACCUCGCUGCCUACGCCUCCGAGAAGGGAGUUCUCCGACUCGAUACUGCCGGUCAGGAUGCCUGCGUCGGCGCAUGCGAGCAGUGGCAUCGGCGCUGGUGCUGGUACUGGGAAUAGGAUGAAGGGGCUCUGGGAGCGGACGAGGAGGUUGAGCAGUAGUCUUGGUGGCAGUACGCACGGUCACAACCAUGGCCAUGGGGAUGCUGCGGGCCACGAGGGGCGAAAGGGAGGAAAAGGUGGAACGGCGGCAAGCGACGAGGAAGGCGUCGUGCUUCUGAAUCUGGACCUAGCGUUCAAGGAGAACGGGCUGGAUUCCGAGAGGGCGAGUGCGAAGAGUGUCGAGGGGUUCGAGGUGCAGGAUUGUGUCGGCGGUGCGCGGGAGGCGGCUGUUGCUGUUUCUGCAAAAGGAAAUGUCAGAGAAUUGGAGGUUGCUGUUAAGGGGUACGGGAAGGAAAAUGGGGGGAUAAAGGAGGUUCCGAGUCCUAUUGAGGAUCCCUUUGCCAGCAGGUCUAGCCUCGCAGGGGGGAGGGCUAGUAGCAGCGACGAGGACGAUUGCGUGGCUGGUGCUGGCCAGGUGAUUGUUGGCGAGCGAGUGCCGCUGGUUGCGUCGCACUGA